AUGGGUGACAAAUUAUCAGGUGUUGGUAAAGAAAGUGGUAAUAAAAGCUUUGGUGAAAAAGGAUCAAAAAUUGAAACCAAAUUCCCCAUAACUAAUUCUCCAGAUUUUGUUCAAUAUGAGAGAAAUGAAAGUUCUGCAACCCCUUCAAGUAAUUCCGUCGACCAAAGUAAUGUAAAACGACAAUGUACCGGAAGUAACCUUCUCGUGAAUCCUCCAUUUCCACCAAAUGUCGACCCGAGUGCUUUGGCGAUUGACCUCUUGAAUAACAAGAAAACGUCCAAGAAAUUGUUGAAUGAAUUUUUCAUAUUUCGUAAGGAAUUCGUUCGAGAACUUAAAAGACAGAACCUUCGUCCGAGACAAACCAAGGUAUCCACUUUAGCAUCUACUUCUUGGCACUUGCAACCACCUAGCGUUAAAGAUGAAUACAGGAGGUUGGCACGAGAAACUGAAAGGUUUUUGAUGAUCGCUCGCUCGAAAAAACAUGAGGAUAGCAAAUCGACCAAGACGGAAUCUAUCAAAUCUAGUCGCACAUCUCCGGAUCCCGCACCGGAUUCUACAUCCAUCAAACCUUCAUCUGCUUUACCUGUAUCCAAUCCCAACAAUCUCCAAAUAUCCGUCUCACCUCAAACAUCACAUUUUGAACAUCAAUUGUUUCGAACGUAUGAUGCCUUAAACCCUUCUGUAUUAAAUCCUUCCUUGCGACAUACCACAACACAACUAGCGUCGGAUCUUCAGAUAUCACAACCGAGCGUUUAUGCGUCAAAUAAUCCAUUAAAUUUUGAAAGGGUUGGUGUCAAUUCGGGCGACAGAUCGAUCCAGCUAGAUACUUUUGAAGGGAUUUUUCUAUAUGGUCAAGGUAACGUGAAUUCGAUGCCUGCAGGAUGUCAAAAUUUAGGAAAUAAUAUUCUGAACUUGGGCAACCUUGAUACUUUAGAACAUCAACAUUUCUUACACCUGAGAACGUCGGAACCGUAUGAUUAUAGGAAUACAAUGUCAUAUCAUUCACAACGACAAAGUUAUCCGGAAUUUCUCGAACCUUCUUGGUCAACUUUAGGUGAUAACCUCUCUCAAUUUACCGAUAUGUCUCCCGUCAAUCGGCUCGUAUCUGUAAGUUCAUCUGGGCAACAUGAUUAUCCGAGCCCUUAUCAAAGGCAAUACGUUGAAACUUCCAUGAUAACCAGAAGUUUGGAAGCCGAAAAAGUACCAAUAGUACCUUCUCAAAGGUAUCGUAAUCGUAACGCACCAUCGGUUCAAGGGACAAACAUCGACACGUCAACUUCUUCUUCUGUUCAGUCGACCAAAAUUCCUUUGGAAAUUUUGCGAGGGAUGACUCCCUCGCCUUAG